AUGGAUCUCGUGUUGGAAAUCGCAGACUCCUUUGUCCUUGAUAAGCUCUACGCCAAGGCCUUGCCUAAGGACGGUGCCGUGGCUCAGUACUUCAAUAGCCAUUUUGGUUCCAAAAACGCAACCACUACCCAUGGCAUCCCAGCUCCUGUGACCUACUUGGCCUCCAUGGCGGGUAAACUCCAGAGAAAAGACGAGGUUUAUGGUCACUUUCCUCAGUUUUUCGAUUUUGACGAGUAUACCCACGCGUCGAUGCUUCUGAGAAGCAACUUGGUGCGUGAGUUCUUAUCCAUCUUUGUUAUUACGGCUGUGUUUGGAUGGAUCUUGUACUUUUCCGUGGCGUCCCUUUCGUACUUUUUCGUGUUUGACAAGAAGAUCUUCAACCACCCUCGUUACUUGAAGAACCAGGUGUCGUUGGAGAUCUACAGAGCCACCACGGCUAUCCCAGUGAUGGUGCUCCUCACGGUGCCCUUCUUCUUGGCCGAGCUCAACGGCUUCUCGAAGUUGUACUUCUCCGUCAACGAAUCCACAGGCGGCUGGAAGGCCAUCUUCUUGCAAUUCCCCUCCUUUAUUCUUUUCACAGACUGCGGUAUCUACUUCAUCCACAGAUGGCUCCACUGGCCCUCUGUCUACAAGAAGUUGCACAAGCCUCAUCACAAGUGGAUCGUGUGCACGCCUUUUGCAUCCCACGCCUUCCACCCUGUUGACGGCUGGUUCCAGUCGUUGCCAUACCACCUCUAUCCAUUGGUGUUCCCCUUGCACAAGGUGUCGUACCUCCUUUUGUUCACGUUCGUGAACUUCUGGACCGUCAUGAUCCACGAUGGCCAGUACAUGCUGAACGACCCUGUGGUGAACGGAACCGCUUGCCACACAGUGCACCACUUGUACUUCAACUACAACUACGGUCAGUUCACGACCUUGUGGGACCGUUUGGGCCGCUCGUACAGAAGACCCGAGGACUCGUUGUUCGCCAAGGACACCGACAAGAGCGCCGAGGAGAAGGAGUGGAAGGAGCAGACCAGAAAGAUGGAGGCCAUCAGAGGCGAGCUCGAGGGUAAGGACGACGACAGGGAGUAUGGGAAUUAG